CUCUUCCUCCCCUGCCCCACAGCCAUAUCGUCGGCGUUGGACUGGCGCCGUCGGGACGAGCCCUCCGAGGCAACUCGUAAAAUACUCCAUGGUCUUUUACUAACCAGCAACCACACCACCACGGUCUAGGGUUAAUCUGGAGCCUAAUCACCCGGCCACCAACCCCCACUCCCACCCAGCGUUCUCUCGCCUCGCCUCGCCGUCUCCGACCCCCACCCAGCCGUCCUAGCCACCCACUGCAACUCCGCAAGCCAUGGAGAAGCCGUCGCACGUAGCCGCCGCCGACGGGAAGCAGGCAUCGCACAGGCUUGCAGUGGUCACUGGUGGAAACAAGGGAGUUGGCCUGGAGGUGUGCUGGCAGCUUGCCGCCCAAGGUGUGACUGUCAUUCUCACCGCGAGGGACGAAAAGAGAGGGAAGGAUGCCGUCGAGUCCAUUCGCCGUGAAUCCAACCUCUCCAACGUAGUCUUCCACCAGCUCGACGUCCGGGAUGACAGCAGCGUCGCCGCUCUAGCGCGACACGUCGAGAGCAGAUACGGAGAGCUUGACAUCUUGGUCAACAAUGCAGCGGUUGUAGGAGUUGCAGCAGACGAGGAAGGCCUCAAAGCUCUGAACCUUGAUGCAGAGACAUGGACAUCUGGCAGAGCAGCCAUUCUGCUCAAAGGCGUGUUCCAGAAUACCUAUGAGGUGGCACGGGAUUGUCUCGACACCAAUUACUAUGGAUCCAAACGGGUAACAGAAGCCCUCCUUCCUCUACUGAAACUAUCCAAGUAUGGAGCGAGGAUCGUUAACGCCUCCUCCCUUGCUUCAGAGCUUAAGAGAAUGCCGAACGAGGAGUUACGGAAGGACCUGAGCAACAUCGACAUCUGGGACGAGGCGCGGAUCGAGGCGGUGCUGAACACCUUCAUGGAUGACCUGAAGAAGGGACGGCUUGAAGAGGCAGGGUGGCCGGCGAUGCUGCCGGCUUACAGCGUGUCGAAGAUGGUGAUCAACCUGUACACGAGGAUCCUGGCGAGGCGGCACCUGGAGAUGCGCGUCAACUGCGUGCGACCCGGCUUCGUCAGGACCGACAUCAACUGGAACCUGGGGACCCUGACGCCGGAACAGGGCGCGAGGGGGCCGGUCAUGCUGGCCCUGCUCCCUCAGGACGGGCCGACCGGGUGCUACUUCGAUCAGACGGAGAUGGUGAAUGUCUGGUAGUGGCUGUUCACUGGAUUGUCAGGAACUACGGUGUGGUAAGUUCAUCUCCCUGAGUCAUGCCUGAGGCCAUUGGCCAGACCAAGUUUCUGUUCGUGCAUUUUAGACAUGAAUAAAGAAUUUAGGACCAGCUAUGGUCCUACAUAGUACUCCUUCCGUCCCAUAAUAUAAGCGCGUUUUUGAAAA